AUGGUACUUCUUUCUUUUAAUUUUACUACGAUUUACAUUUUCUUUCUUUGUCUUUCUUUCUCUUGUCUUUCUUUCUCUUUUCCUUUCUUUCUCUUUUCCUUUCUUUCUUUCUUUCUUUCUUUCUUUCUUUCUUUCUUUCUUUUAUUUUUCAUGCUACUCUUUCUUUUAAUUUUACUACGAUUUACAUUUUCUUUCUUUGUCUUUCUUUCUCUUGUCUUUCUUUCUCUUUUCCUUUCUUUCUUUCUUUCUUUCUUUCUUUCUUCCUUUCUUUCUUUCUUUCUUUUACUUUUCAUGCUACUCUUUCUUUUAAUUUUACUCACGAUUUUUCUUUUCUUUCUUUUCUUUCUUUCUCUUUCUUUCUUUUUCUUUUCUUUCUUUCUUUUUUCUUUCUUUCUUUCUUUCUUUUUUUUCUUUCUUUCUUUUACUUUUCUUUCUUUUCUUUUAAUUUUACUACGAUUUAGAUUUUCUUUCUUUUUCUUUCUUUCUCUUGUUUUUCUUUCUUUUUCUUUCUUUUAUUUAUCUUUCUUUUCUUUCUUUCUUUCUUUUCUUUUUUUUUCUUUCUUUUUUUUUUUUCAUCUCUCUUUCUUUUAA